AGGUCACGAAGCAAUUGCCCUAGUUGUGAGUACACCCGUCUCUCUCUCUCUCUCUCUUUCUCUCUCUCUCUCGUGGCGUCCGCCCGCACAGAGAAGACGGGGCUGAACUCCUCACAGUGCCUCCUCCCUAUCUUUCCCAGGUCGAAGACGGAAGAACCGUGGAGAAACUCAUAUUUCUCCACAUAUCUUCUGCUGUCGUUUGGGUGUUAUUGGCGCUUGAUACACUAGGGAUUUUAAAAAGGUGCAUCUUUAGGUCUGGGUGGUGGUCCUGCUUAGUUUUUCCCUUUUCGUGGAAUCCCGAUCUGUGUCUCUAUAUCUCUAUAAUCAUCUUUCGUUCAGUUUUUUCAAAUAUUAGAUUGAAGACGGAAGAAGCGUAAAGGGACUCCUUUUUCUCCGCAUCUUUGUCUCUUUUGUUGUUCUGGUUUUGAAAUUUGAUGUAACUGGGAAUUCAGAGAAGUUACAUUUUUAGGGUUGAGUGGUAAUCUGCUAGACAUUUUCCCGUGGAAGUUUUAACUCUUCCAUGCGGACUGCAAUGUAUCUGAAAACACUGGCAGAAAUCUUUCUGAGGUAAAUAGUCGUCGAUUGGAGUUGAGUAACACAAUCUAACUUCAAAAAGAACUUGGAUUUGGUUAUCUGUUGGGGAAGGUUUGUGCUUUCUUGACCGAGAAUGAAGCACACAGAACGAUUCCAAAAGAAUCAUUCGGCAAUAAACAAUGUUAUUUGGAGUUCUGAUUGGCUAAUUCUCCAAGUAUUAAGAAAUUUUUGUCUGCUUGUUUGCCUUAGCCAUUUUCCUUCAAAUUCUUUUAAAUAUUAUGGCUAAGAUAUGUAUCUUUGUCAUGGUGGAUCUGUGUUACGUUCUCAUACCUAAGAAUGAAUUCUCUCUGUUAUGAUCUAUACUCUGAGCCUAAAUUUGUGUAAGAAUAAUAUUUUUAUUGUCUUAUCGCAGCCCUUGAUUGUCAAAAAUUGAAAUUCAUUAAGUAAAAAAAAUCUCGACCAUUGCGUGUUUCACUAGUGGGUUUCUCUACUGUUUCUUCUCUCCAAAUCAACUGCCGUUCUUGCCUGAGGUAUUUGUCUGUCCAUUUUUACUUUUGGAUGCAGUCAAGUAAAGAUAAUUUUAGUGACCAUAUAUCCUAAAAUCGGCAGAGAAGUCUAAAUCUAGGAAUAGCCUGAUACUUCAGUUCUGUGUCACAAAAGUUCUUCAACUUCACAUUUAGUUAUCCUUGAUUCUAGUACUAAAACAACACUAGGCUAUUUCUUUAGACUCUUUAAAUGAGGAGAGGUUAAACAAUAACUCGAAUUCCCUCAGUAUAUUGGAAGUCCUAAUCCACAGUAAAGAUGACAUCUGUGCAACCCCUCAAAUAAAGUAUCAGCUCUUUAUGGUGUACUUUGUAGGAAUCAAUUUGUGUUUUGUGUGAUCCGCAUAGUUUGAAUAUGAUAUUAUGAUAUGUCAUACAAAUUAGUAUUUGUUUUACAGGGUAAAAACUGAUGCAGUAAACAUUAUCAUUUAGAUUUUACCAACGGGGUCAGCACUCCUUUGUUGUCUCCAAAAUUGUUUCCUUAAGAACUUCAUCUAUCUAUCAUUUCCUUUGGUCGUGGAUUCAUUUCACUUCCUGCUUAUUUUAUUUCUUACUGUCUACUUCCCCCUUUUUCUUCAUCUCCCUGUUUCCUCGCUUUGUUGAUUUUUCAUGGAUUUCAUCCAAUUUGGUCCCUAGAACAAGCAAAUCUCUCACAGAUUAUCUUUUGGAUCUCACUUCCCAGUUUCACAUCACUAGAAAGAUCGUCCUGAAACAAGACUAGGGCUUGGGAGUUCGAUUGACUGUGGAAUUGGGGUGAUCCCAUCCUUUUGUUUCUUCCUGAUUGAGUGUGUGUUUCAGAAAUCCUCAAUUUGGAGGAUUAAUUGGGAGUAGUUGUUGGAGGGGUCAUUGGAUUAUGGGCAGCAGUGAGGCUGAUGCAUCUGCCAAGGCUCCAAAGACAUCCACAGCUCAGGAACAAACUCCUGCCACUAGCUCCACCCCUGCUGUGACUGUUUACCCAGACUGGUCGACCUUUCAGGCAUAUUCACCGAUUCCACCACAUGGUUUCUUCCAUUCUCCGGUGGGAUCGAGUCCCCAGCCUCAUCCUUACAUGUGGGGACCUCAGGCAGGUUCUCAAUGCAUCUAUUGUUGUUUGGACAUUUUAAAAGCAGAAAUCAGUGAAACAUUGAGAAAAAAAUUAUAGUAGAAAACUUUUCUUUUUAGUCCAUUUUAAUAGCAGUUAUGAUGGUAGUCAUUUGAAUACAUUGUUAUGUUAACAUCACGUGAACUAGAUGGUCAUAAAGUCUGUGAAAUUGUUUUAGUGUCUUGUCAACAGGUAAAUUAUACACUAAGCACUGCUAAAUAUUCAUCACAUAUUAUUUUGAAAAUUGCA